AUGAGUGGGAGUACUCCUGGGGGGGCAGAGCCCAUAGCCCCAGCAGCAGCAGCAGCAGCAUCAGCAGCACCAGCAGCACCAGCAGGUGUUGCAACGGCUCCAACAGCAGCAGCACCCACUGCUGCAGCAGCACCUGCUGGUGCAGCAGCACCCGCUGCCGCAGUAGCACCUGCUGGUGCAGCAGCACCAGCUGCAGCAGCAGCAGCGGCAGCUAUGCCUGCAACAAAGGCGUCGAAGCCCCAUGAUGAAGGCUGCGAUGCAACGCAUGCACAAACAGACCCAGCAGCAGCAGCAGCAGCAGCACCAGCAAUACCAGCAGCAGGAAACAAUGCAGCAGCAGCAACAUACACACCAGCAACAACGGCAAGCGCUGGGGCAGCAACCGCAGCAGCAGCAGCAGACACUGAAUCAGCAGCAGCAGCAUCAGAAGCAGCACCAGCACCAGCAGCAGCAGCACAAAAGGUUUCUGUUGUUACGCCUGAGGGGCUUGAGCGGCUGCUGAAGCGGCUGCACCCGAAUGCUUCAGCUACACCGCAGUGCCUAGAGGUGUUGACAGCAAUGGCUGAGGAAUACUCAGAGCAGUGUGGGCGUCUCUUAGCUCGCUUUGGCCGACGUUGGGGUUUAACUACGAUAACAGUUCGUGAUGCUAAGGUCUUCAUAGAGCGGCUGUCGGGCUCCCCCGGCUGGAACUCAAUCGAAGGGGCAGCAGCAGCAGCAGCACCAAAAGGCAUUCUUGCUGCAGCAAAGCAGCAGCGGCAGCUGCUUGCUGCGUAUGUGCGUGAAGCAGAAGCAGCAGCAGCAGCAGCAGCAGCAGAGUCACCAAUGAGCUGCAUUAGUGGCAGCAGCAGCAGCAGCAGCAACAGCAUCAGUCCACAGGCCCAUGCGCCUUCAAAGGCAGCAGCAGCAGCAGCAGCAGCACCUGCUGCUUCUGCAUCCCCCAUGCACACCAGCAGCAGCAGCAGCAACAGCAGCAGCAGCAGCUCGGCAGAGCAGACGCCCCCUAGGCCGCGAGUGCGUUUCUCUCCUAUGAAAUCUGCUGUUCCUGCUGCAGAGGUAGCAGCAACAGCAGCAACAGCAGCAGCAGUUACAGCAGCAGCUGGAACGCCAGCAGCAGCAUUAGCAGCAGCAGCAGCACAAGCAAGAGCAGGAAGCAGCAGCGGCAUUCUGCAGCUGCACACUCCACUUGAGACGCCUCAGCAGGCAGACUUAGCAGCAGCAGCAGCGGCCGGAGCAGCAGCAGCAGCAGCAGCAGCAGCAGGGCCUCCUUCACCUCUUCUUGCUGCUCCAGGCCUCACCACCCCUUUAAAGACGACGCCUCCUCCCCCAGAAGACAGAGCAGCAAAAUACUACCAAGCUAUUAAACACCCCACAUAG